CUCCCUACCCAGACACCCGAACACUGCACCCGAUACUCGAAACAUGCGUCUAAUCAUCAGAGACGAUCCGCAGACCGCGUCCAAGUACAUCGCGGACUACAUUAUUGAACGCAUAAAAGCCUUCAAUCCCACGCCGGAGAGACCCUUCGUGCUGGGCUUGCCCACCGGCAGCAGCCCCGUCCUGGUAUACCAGAACCUGGUCCAGCGGCACAGAGCUGGCGACAUCUCUUUCCGCAAUGUGGUUACCUUCAAUAUGGACGAGUACGUCGGGAUCCCGCGUGAACACCCCGAAAGCUACCAUAGCUUCAUGUACAAGCAUUUCUUCUCCCACGUAGACGUCCGGCCCGAGAACAUCAACAUCCUCAACGGCAAUGCGCCCGACCUGGAGGCCGAAUGCCAGGAAUACGAGGAGAAGAUCAAGCGAGUUGGCGGCAUCGAGCUGUUCCUGGGCGGCGUUGGCCCCGACGGACACCUCGCCUUCAACGAGCCGGGGUCUAGUCUCAAGUCGCGCACUCGCGUCAAGACCCUUGCCUACGAUACCAUUCUCGCCAACUCGAGGUUCUUCGGGAAUAAUCUGGAUCAAGUGCCCCGGAUGGCGCUGACCGUUGGGGUCCAAACGGUGUUGGAUGCACGGGAAGUGGUGAUUAUCAUCACCGGGGCGCACAAAGCCCUUGCCCUGCAGAAGUGCAUCGAAGAGGGCAUCAAUCACAUGUGGACCCUCUCGAGCCUUCAACUGCAUCCGCAUCCCAUGUUAGUCGUCGACGAGGACGCUACACUUGAGCUAAGAGUCAAGAAUGUGAAGUACUUCAAGAGCAUUGAGAAGGUCGCAAACGAGCUCGGCUUCCGCCAGAUGCUUCCCCGAAAGCGCGAUUCGGUCGUCGGCGAUGAAAUCCUUCCUGCACCACUUCCUCAAAGAAACGGUCUUCAGCUCGCUGUGCCGCAACAGGACAUGUCGCGUUCCGCGAGCCCGGUUCUCGAGCCCAUGAGUGCACGAAUCUCCGACGAGGAGGCCAACUUGCAGGCUAUGGACGCCCUCGAUGACCCGAAGCCGAUUCCCAUGAGCGCCCGCGUUGUCGGUUGAAGUAGGUGGUGGUUAGAUCACCGUGGACAUUUCAGUUGGACAAACGGACUUUCGUUUCGAAUCCCCAGAGGGCACGACUCUCGUUUCCAUAGACAUUGACACCGUCGUUGGCGAAAUUGCGUUAAGUGGAGCAGAUUGUCGGUAGAGGAACGUUGCAGGCUCCGGUAGCACUGAUAAUAUUCAACGUAGAUAUUGCCGUUUCCUGGUAUGGGCUGGGGUGUACGAAGAUAUGAUGGAACGUCUGCAUCGAUAUUUGGCAUGAUUAGAGAUACCCUGUUUGUAUGUAGCGUCUGUAUUGCGUACCUGUAUGGAUAUGUGUAUACUUUGUAUGAUGUAUAGUUC